AUGAAGCCCGAGUUCACCGAGCCACCCGACCUAGAGGUCAAGGUGAGGAAGGAGGAGGACGCCGGGGCGGGCCAGCUACGUCCGGGCGUGGCGUGGUGCAUAGAGGCGGACCUCGAUCUCGGCGGAGUGGCAGACACCAAACUUGCCACCAUCGCCGACUGGGAGGCACGAUGGGCCACUGUUAAGAAGCCUAAACCAGCUCCCAAGACCAAAAGCCGCGAGCCAAAGGUUCUCAAGGUGACAGAGAACACGCCUUGCGGAUUUCCCGGGUCCACCUACACUACAUGCAACGAGUAG